CCCAAGUUGCCAGUGCCAUCUCCAGGACCGGGGAGUGCUCCGAGACCCGGAAGACCUCCUGAAGUGGGAAGACUACCCGUGGGAGGGACCCCGCCAGCGCCAGGUAGAAUGAUACCACCGACGUCUGGAAGACCGCCAACGCCUGGAAAGCCACCAACAUCUGGAAGGUUGCCUAAGCCAGGAAGGCCACCAGUCCCUGUGUUGGGCAAGCCACCUGUA